AUGGUGGAAAUGGUUAGUGAAUUUGAUCCAGUAAUGCAAGAGCACCUUCGGCGGGCUAAAGCAAGAGAGAUUCAAUAUACGUAUUUUGAUGCAAGUCAUGAGGAGCAAAUGUCUUUAAUUGUACGAUUUGUAGAUGAUUCGGCAAACUUACCUACAGUUGAAGAACAUUGGCUAGAAUUUUUGAAGGUAGAUGACACAACAGAACUUGGACUUGCAAAUGAGCUUCAAAAGGCUUUGAUAAAACUUGAUCUCGAUAUUGAUGACAUUAGAGGGCAAGGGUCUGACAAUGGAUCUAACAUGAGCGGGAAGCACAAAAUCGUAUCCUUCUUUGGAGUGAUACAAUGCAUCUACACAUUGUUUUCCUCUUCUACCAAGCGAUGUGAAAUUUUCAAAGAUAAUGUACAAAGGUUUACAGUGAAGCUAUUGUCACUAACACGUUGGGAAAGUCAUGUUGAGAGUGUGAGGCCUAUAAUGGAGCAAACUGCACAGAUAAGAGAUGCAUUACUUGAUUUGGCAGAAAGUAAUGAAGAUCCUAAAGUGAAGAGUGAAGCCGAGUCAUUGGCAACACAUGAACUUCAAAAUUUUGAGUUUUUGCUUGGUACGAUAAUCUGGUACAGGUUGUUGCAUGUUGUCAAUAUUGUAAGUAAAUUUCUUCAAACUGAAUCCAUGGAUAUUAAUCAUGCUAUCGACCUCUUGCAAGGAUUUGUUUCAUUUCUUGAAAAAUAUAGAGAAAUUGAAUUUGCUAUUGUCAAGGGUAAAACAACAAAAAGCGGUGGUGAUGAGGUAAAGCAAUCGACAGAAGAAUCUUUUAGAGUUGAGUACUUUGUUUUUAUAAUUGAUCAAGCUCUCUCUUCUCUGAAGACCCGAUUUGAACAAUCCAAACAAUAUGAUGUCACAUUUGGAUUUUUGUUUAAUUUGAAGAGAUUAAGAGGUGCAACUUUUUCAAGUUUGUUGAACUCUUGUAUGAAUCUUGAGAAAUAUCUUCAAUAUGAUGGGCGUUCGGACAUCACUGGGGAUGAUUUAUAUUCAGAGUUACAAAUCUUGAGGUGUUAUAUACCAAGUUAUAGUAGCAUCUGCGAAAAGAAGUUUCUCGAAAUUGAAGUUGAUCAAGACCUAUCUCCGAUCAACUAUGUCGCAAGAAAGAUUAAACGGGUUGGCUAUGUUAUCAAUAGAUCAAGAAAUGGUUGA